AUGCCGAGCCUCCCGGCCCCGCCGGCCCCGCUGCUGCUUCUUGGGCUGCUGCUGCUCGGCUCCCGGCCGGCCCGUGGCGCCGGCCCCGAGGCCCCCGCGCUGCCCAUCCGCCCGGAGAAGGAGCCGCUGCCCGUCCGGGGAGCGGCAGGCUGCCCCUUCGGCGGGAAGGUCUAUGCCUUGGACGAGACGUGGCACCCGGACCUGGGGGAGCCCUUCGGGGUGAUGCGCUGCAUGCUGUGCGCCUGCCAGGCGUCUCAGUGGGGUCGCCGCGCACGGAGCUUGGGGAGGGUCAGCUGCAAGAACAUCAAGCCUGAGUGCCCAGCCCUGAGCUGCAAGCAGCCGCACCAGCUGCCCGGAGACUGCUGCCAGACCUGCCCUCCGGAGCAUGGCGGCCCUGAGACGCAGCCGUCGGGCCUGGCCUUCGAGUAUCCGCGGGACCCGGAGCACAGCAGCUACAGCGACCGAGGGGAGCCCAGCGCUGAGGAGCAGGCACGCGGCGAUGGCCACACGGACUUCGUGGCACUGCUGACUGGGCCGAGGUCGCAGGCGGUGGCUCGGGCCAGAGUAUCACUGUUGCGCUCUAGUUUACGCUUCUCCAUCUCCUACCAGAGCCUGGACCGCCCCACCAGGGUUCGCUUUUUGGAUUCAACUGGCAGCACCUUGUUUGAGCACCCUGCAACCCCUACACAGGAUGGCCUGGUCUGUGGGGUGUGGCGGGGAGUGCCUCGGUUGUCCCUGCGGCUCCUUAGGGCAGAGCAACUGCACGUGACGCUGGUGACAUCCACUCACCCUUCAGGGGAGGUCUCAGGGCCUUUCAUCCGGCACAGGGCCCUGUCUGCAGAGACUUUCAGUGCCAUCCUGACUCUGGAAGACAGCCCACAGCAGGGUGUAGGGGGCAUUGCUCUACUCACGCUCAGUGACACAGAGGACUCUUUGCACUUUUUGUUGCUCUUCCGGGGGCUGCUGGAACCCACGAGUGGAGGACCAGCCCAGGCUCCCUUGAGGCUCCAGAUUCAACACCAGGGGCAACUCCUGCGAGAGCUCCAGGCCAAUGUCUCAGCCCAGGAGCCAGGCUUUGCCGAGGUGCUGCCCAAUCUGACAGCCCAGGAGAUGAACUGGCUGGUCCUGGGGGAGCUGCAGGUGACUCUGGAGAGGGUAGGCGGGCCAGAGCUGCGCAUCAGUGGACACAUUGCCCCCAGGCAGAGCUGUGACGUCCUACAGAGUGUUCUUUGUGGGGCCGAUGCCCUGAUUCCAGUCCAGACGGGAGCCGCUGGCUCAGCCAGCCUCACACUGCUUGGAAAUGGAUCCCUGGUCUACCAGGUCCAAGUGAUAGGUGUAAGCAGUGAGGUGGUGACCAUGACACUAGAGACCAAGCCUCAGCGGAGGAACCAGCAUACUGUACUGUGCCAGAUGACUGGAUUCCAGCCUACAGGACACAUGGCUGUGGGUGUUUGUCCUGGGCUGGGGGCCCGAGGGACUCAUAUGCUGCUGCAGAAUGAGCUCUUCCUGAAUGUGGGCACCAAGGACUACCCAGAUGGAGAGCUUCGCGGGCACGUGGCUGCCCUGCCUUACAGUGGGCGCCGGGCCCUCCAUGAUGUGCUGCCUGUGCCCCUGGCAGGAGCCCUUGUGCUGCCCCCUGUGCGGAGUCAGGCAGCAGGGCAUGCCUGGCUCACCCUGGACACCCACUGUCACCUGCAUUAUGAAGUGCUGCUAGUGGGGCUUGGUGGCUCUGAACAAGGCACAGUCACUGCCCAUCUCCUUGGGCCUCCUGGGACGCCAGGUGCCCGGCGGCUGCUGAAGGGAUUCUACGGUCCAGAGGCUCAGGGUGUAGUCAAGGACCUGGAACCGGAGCUGCUGCAGCAUGUGGCCCAGGGCACAGCCUCCCUACUGAUCACCACCAAGGGCAAUCCUGGAGGGGAGCUUCGAGGGAAGGUGCAGAUCGCCAAUGGCUGCGAAGUGGGCGGCCUGCGACUGGCUGCGGCGGAGACUGAGAGGGCGCAGGGAGCCCCGGAUCCGGAUCCUUCAGAGGCGCCCAAGGUCCUGCCAGUACUGCCUGCUGCUCGCGUCCUGGAGGCCUCAGUGCCCGCCAAACCUGGUGUCCCUGUAAAGCUCCGGGAUUCCAACUCGUGCUUCUUUGAGGGGCAGCAGCGCCCCCAUGGGGCUAGUUGGGCGCCUAACUACGAUCCUCUCUGCUCUCUCUGCACCUGCCAGAGACGUACAGUGAUUUGUGACCCCGUGGUGUGUCCCUCGCCCAGCUGCCCACAGCCAGUGCAGGUGCCAGACCAAUGCUGCCCAGUUUGCCCGGAGAAACAAGACAUCAGAGACCGGCCAGGGCUGCCUAAAAGCCGGGACCCAGUAGAAGGCUGCUAUUUCGAUGGGGACCGGAGCUGGCGGGCAGCGGGUACCCGGUGGCACCCGGUCGUGCCUCCCUUUGGCUUAAUUAAGUGUGCGAUCUGCACUUGCAAGGAGGGCACCGGAGAGGUGCACUGUGAGAAGGUACAGUGUCCCCGGCUGACCUGUGCCCAGCCUGUCCGUGCCAAUCCCACUGAUUGCUGUAAACAGUGUCCAGCACUGGUAUCAGGGUCCCAGCCCCAGCAAGAGGACCCCAUGCAGGCAGACAGUCCCCGGGGCUGCCGUUUUGCAGGGCAGUGGUUCCCAGAGAGCCACAGCUGGCACCCACUAGUGCACCCCUUUGGGGAGAUGAGCUGUAUAACCUGCAGGUGUGGGGCAGGGGUGCCCUACUGUGAGCGAGAUGACUGUUCGCCCUCGCUGGCCUGCAGCUCUGAGAAGGAGAGUCGAUGCUGCUCACACUGCACACCCCGAAGACCCCCAGACACCAAGACUGAUCCAGAGCUGGACAAAGAAGCCGAAGCCUCCUAG